AUGGUCGAAAGCAAGCCCUGUUGGACAGGGGUCAGUGCCUCUCCGGCGCAAGAUGACAUCAUGAGCUGGACAGCUGUGAUGUUUGGUCCGGAUGACACACCGUGGGAGGGCGGAACCUUCCAGCUUGAGGUGACGUUUUCGGAGGAGUUCCCGACGAAGCCUCCACAUGUAAGAUUUCUGACGAAGAUGUUUCAUCCGAACAUCUACAACAACGGGGAGAUCUGCUUGGACAUCCUGCAGGAUGUUCAGAGCGAAGCUAACCAUGUGGAGCUUGAACACUGGCUCUCGGAGAAUUUCACUUGGGAUCUUCUUUGGAUAGCCAUGUCCGAUUUCUCCGUUGAUUUCACGAAGAGCUAUGCGCGGAGAAGGCCGGAAGAGCCUCGUUCGCACUACUCCCAGCGCCUCAAGUUUAUCAACACUCUCAUCAAGGGUGAGGGUGACAAAAUCACGGAUGAUCGCAUUGAGGUUCUUUCUCACUGCUAUAGCAAUGUCAAGUACUUGGCUAAUGUGUACAACGAGGAAAUCAUGGGCAUGUUGCGGAAGUACGUCGCUUCGAUGAGAGAUGCAUUGCUGCUCAGCUGUCCCCGUGCGGAGAGGGCAAGCUUGGGACACUGA